UCUAUGGUUCCCAGCUCACAUUCACUUCCGCUUCCGGUAGCGCCUCCUCUCCGGGCCGCCGCCGCCAAGAUGGUGAACGUGCCGAAAACCCGCCGGACCUACUGCAAGAAGUGCGGGAAGCACCAGCCGCACAAGGUCACGCAGUACAAGAAGGGGAAGGACUCGCUGUACGCACAGGGAAAAAGGCGUUAUGAUCGGAAGCAGAGUGGGUACGGGGGCCAGACAAAGCCCAUCUUCCGUAAAAAGGCCAAGACCACCAAGAAGAUUGUGCUGAGGCUGGAGUGUGUGGAGCCCAACUGCAGGUCCAAGAGGAUGCUGGCAAUUAAGAGGUGCAAGCACUUUGAGCUGGGAGGAGACAAGAAGAGAAAGGGCCAGGUGAUCCAGUUCUGAGCAUCAUCCUGUUCAUCCUUACGGACCAUAUUAAAAUACCAUGCUGUACUCUUGAACACUGCAAGUAAGAAAAAGCACAGCCUUUUAAAGGGAUUUUAAUCAAAGUGCUUAAUCACAGAAGAACAAAUCAAGAAAUCCUGAUUGUAUCGUAGCCAGAGGAGAAUAUACUUGCACAUGAUGGUUGUUUAAGUGAUUAUCCAUCUCCUGUGUCGGAGAGCCCAUGUUAUUCAAGUUAAAGGCUGCUGCCAGCAGUGGGAAGCAAGCACACUCAGAUUUCUGGGAGGCAGGAUUCAUGGAGAAAAGGGACUCCGGUGGCCACAUAAAGGGUGGAGAGGGAGUUGUCAUCUAAAAGGAAGUGACAGCCACUGGUGAGAGACUCCUGGAGCGAGGAGAAACCCUCAAAAACUUGAGUCCUAAGGCAUGAUAGCAGCUGUCAAUAAAGUUGCUAAGACGUGCAGUGGUUCAUGUCAGUCCCUGAGUUGUCCAAAGAUGGAAGUGCAUGUGCAGUGUUGGGUUUCCUCAGCAGGGGUGGGAGCAGCUGUUCUUGGACUGUGUGCCCUGUUCUGGAAAACACCAAAGUGGCCAAGGUGUGUUUCUCUACUGUCCCUGAAAUGCUCAAGGCCAGCUG